AUGCAUAACUCUCCGGCAGAAGAUGGCGUGGAGGAGGAAUGCUGCAGUUUAAAUUCGAACCCUAGCGCUGCCGUGGACAGUGUUCUUGGACAGUCUGCCCUCCGAUUGGGCCUUGGGGUUGGAUCCUCGCAGACUCCUGGUCCGGAUGAGUAUGACUGGUCUAGCUUCAGGGAUGAUGAUAUUCUGCAUCAGCAAUCGAACAUUUUGGAAGAGGAGGCCGAGAAGAUGCUCUGCGUUGGAGAGAAGGUCAGAUCCCCCGGUUCUUGGCUCCUAUUCUCUGGGAUGUAGCCACGAUACAUCACCUUUUCUGAUGAACAUGUUCAUUGAGCGUUAUGCUAUGACUGUACCACACCGAUUUGUCAUUGUCGAUUGCUUAUUUCUUUCGUGUUCGUUUCGUGUUGGAUGCUUUUAAGCUCUCAUGUACUUCUGAGUUCCUACCAAUUCAACGAUUCUAAUCAUUCUCCAACUAUACCCUGAAUUAGCAUCGGCUGUUCUCUCAGAUGGUCCUAAUCCCUUCGAAUGGAUUUUCUGGAGGAUUUUUUUUUCCUGUAAAGCUUUUUCGUGCUUCCCUCUUGUGACAAUAGUGCGCACUUUUAUCCUGUUUUCGUUUUUUUAGCGUACCUUAAUUUAAACAGUUCCUCCUUUGGAUUUGUACAUAUGAAUGGAACCGAAUAUGGAAAAAAUCAAGAAGAUGAUCACGUGUGCGCCCUCAUUUGCUUAGUGGUGUUGGUGUUUGUUCGUAAAAAGCUUAUUAGCGGUUGGUUCUAUGAUGUCCGUAUUACCUGCCAUUUUUACUGGAUGUGGAAACCCUGAUUCUAUUGAGUUUCAUGCAUAGAUUGCCUAAUUUCCUGCUAGUUGAUUAUGUCCUGCGCACCUGGAUAUCUUAGAUUCUUUGACGUUAGCCUUUAGGUUCUUUUUUCCUAAAUGGAGGUCUGGUACUACUACUUUCAAGGAAGAAGGAAUACUGAAAGGAGAGAGGGGGAGGACGGUAAAAUCAUAGCUAACAGGGAAAGAGGGUUGCUUGAUGCCCGACAUGGAUUAGAAGAAAAUCUAGAAAGCAAGGUCAUCAUGGAAUCUGGAUGAACGUAUAGUUGUCCAGUACUUGGAGCAUAGAUAAAGCAUGUCGUAAGUCAUAAUGUAGCGUGGUAGCAUUGUAAUGCCUGUUGUAUAUUUUUAAAAAAACACAAACAUGAGGUCAGAUGAGUUGAGGUUUCGCUGGCUUUUAAUUUAGUGCUUGCUUUGCUUCAGGAUGACGUAUUAUAGCACAUCUUCUGCUUUCGAGGAAGGAAGCAUGAUGGACUUAAUGCUUGAAUUAUAUUUUGAUGAUACUAUAAUGUGUUUCUACUUAUGCCAACUGUCACUGAACGGGAGGCAGUCCAUCUUCUGUAUAGUCGAGUUGAGUUAUUCAUCUAGUCUUCUGGGGUUUUCACUCAGGAAAUCACUGUCUUUAAUUUUUAGCCCCUUUAAUCGUACAGUAUUGACAAACUAAUUCCAUCUAGAUGGGAUUUUUUUUUUCCGAAUUUUCAUCAUUUGGUACGUGAUGAGUAGAAGAUUCUUCCAUUGCAGGAACCUUUGUCGGCAUUAGCAGCUGAGUAUCAAUCUGGGAGUCCAAUCUUACUGGAAAAGAUCAAGGUUUAUUUGGUGAUGCGGUGGAAAAUGAGGCUAACUUCCAUUUUAUUAUCAUUCUAUGUUGUAAUCUCUUUUUAUGCUUCCAUUUUAUUUCCCCUUUUUCAGAUGCUUUCUGAACAUUAUUCUGGUAUAAGACGAACAAGGGGUGAUGGGAACUGUUUCUUCCGAAGCUUUAUGUUUUCUUACCUGGUACACUUACCACCCACACGCCCAACGAGGAGUUUGUUGAGAUUAAAUAUUUUCCCCCGUGUAAUUGUGAAGUUAUUGUAUGUUUUGAAACAAAUAAAUGUACAUUUUUCUUUACUGCCAAGUGUUUCUCCUCCGAGGCAAAUAAGAUGAUGACAUUGCUUUAUAGGAGCAUAUACUGGAAACACAAGACAAGGCCGAAGUUUACCGUAUUAAAUCAGAUAUUGAGGAAUGCAAGAAGACCCUCCAAAAUCUUGGAUAUGCUGAUUUCACCUUUGAAGAUUACUUUGACGUAAGCCCAUCACUUUUUUCUUUUUGUUCCUUUUCGCCAUAUAUCUUGGAAAUAAUAUCUGGUUAUGCUGGUGUAUGUCAUUCAUGUAUUAUAAAGCCCAUCUGCCUUGAGCAAGACUCCACAGAGUACCUCUUGUUACCAUCCCAAGAAAACCUCAGUAGUAGUUCAUGUUUUGUAAACUUUAUUGGAACCUUCUACAAACUGCAGUAUACACCGGCCAAUUUUUUUUUACUUGAUAUCUUUGUAGUUUAGUGCCUCCUCUGCGACAGUCUUAAAUCUGUUAAUCGAUAACAAAUCGCUUCUUUCUUUGUAAUUGUUAUGACUAGUUUUUUUAAAAUGAAUUAUUUUCAUAGGAAGUUUUAGAUGCAAAACUUUAGUCCAUUAGAUGAGAAAACAAGUCUCUUUCUCAAAGUAGACUUACUAGUGUUGGCCACUUUGCAACAGGGAUAUAUGUUCUCCCCGGAAAACCUUCUAUAUUUACUUUUUAAUUCAUUUCAUUCCAAGUCGCUAUGGGUAGCUAGUUUGGCGGACUGGGGCUAUGAUUCUGGGGGCUCGUUUCAAGAUUUUGUUGGUCUUCACCCUGAAGAAGGAAUUGCUUGACGGUUUUCCCCCAAGAUAGCUGUUUUCAAUUCAGAAAGAGGAGAGUUCCAACGAUGCCACUCAUAAAUAUCCUUUUCUGUGAAAGACAUUCUGUUUCAAUCUUUUACCCUCAAGAUUCUUCUAUGUUUUUUUUUUUGGGCAUUUUUAAUUCUUGUACCAAGAGACACCAUAGCUGUUCAAUGGAGAUCGUAAUCUUUCACUCCCAUAUGCUUUAAAGUGAAUAUUCAUUGGUUUGGAGGUGUUAGCGUUGUAGAAUGAACGGUGCAAGCUGUAUUGAUUUGUUUUCUUGUUUUUUUUCUUUGGAGAGCUCACAUACUCUUCUCUCUCCUUAAAUCUAAUGUACCUGCGGCACUACCCACCUCCUAAAACAGAAGAAAAAAAAAAACUCGUAAAGGUAACUAUCUGGUUCAUGUCUUGUAGACAUUCAUCGAGCUGCUUGAUGGUGUGAUCCAAGGCGGAGAAGGAUCGAUAAGGUUGGUGAGAAUAGUUUUUUUUUUGGCAAACAGAGAGACCAGAGAUUCGUGUGCCCGACAGUGAAUUCGGUCAGCUGUUAUUGAUGUUAAUCAACUGAAAACCGAUGCACUCCCUUGCUCCAGUGCCAAGGAGCUCCUGCAGAAGUGUCAGGAUCGGUCAUACUCGGACUCCAGUGAGCUCACCAGCCUGCACUUUUUCUCCUCGCGCUUGUCUUCUUGUCUUCUCCUGUUAACAUUUCAUCUUUGCCCAGUGGUGAUGUUCUUCAGAUUCGUCACGUCCGGUGAGAUCCGCCGGCGUGCGGAGUUCUUUGAGCCCUUCAUCCUGGGCUUCACAAACGGGAUCGGAACCGUGGACCAGGUAAACGCUGUAAACCCCCCCUUCUCUCUCUCUCUCUCUCUCUCUUGCUUGCUUGCUAUGUAUUGGUUCGCUCUUCUCACCUCUGCCUAGUCGUUAAUGGGUAGUUCUGCAAGACAUCGGUGGAGCCAAUGGGGGAGGAGAGCGACCACAUCCACAUCACGGCCUUGUCGGAUACGUUGGGAGUGGCCGUGCGCAUCGUCUACCUCGACCGCAGCUCCUGCGAUGGCGGUGUGCUGAAUGUGAACCACCAUGACUUCGUCGCUUCACAGGACGCGCCAGAGGGUGGCAACCCGUCCAGGCCCUUCGUUACCCUGCUCUACCGUCCCGGUCACUAUGACAUCCUCUACGGUAAACUUCCUCCCUCCCUCUCUCUCUCUCUCUCUCUAUAUAUAUAUAUAUAUAUUUCAAGUGAGAGUUUAAUGGCUCUUUGGAGGAGGGGGUAG